CGUAAAGAAAGGAAACGGGGUUGCUUUGCUUUAACUUUGAGAAGCGAAUUCUGCUGCCACGUAUGAUUCCCUGUUUGACAGUUGUAAAUAUAAGAAGGGAAGUGUGCACUCGACAUUUGUUCAUCAUCCUACACAUAAAGCUUCAGUCCUUCAUUCCCUUCUCACAGCUCUCGCCCUUUCCCUUUCUCCCUCCAAUCUCUGAUUCGAAACAGGGGAACGAAGGAAGAAGGGCCAGGAAAUGGGGAAGCUGCCGAAUUUGGGACACCUUUUCAUGACCAUCUUUCUCAACAACUUCUCAUCGUUCAUGGUGCUUCCGGCCAUCACCGACGUCACCAUGGCCGCACUUUGUCCCGGUCAAGACGAGUGCUCCUUCGCAAUUUACCUCUCUGGCUUCCAACAAGCUGUAAGUCCACAUUCUCCUCCUAGCUACUUCCUUCCUUCGCCCCGUAAUUCGAACCGAAGUUAAUUAGCUCCUAAGCAUCAAAUUUGAGAUUCUGUUAGAAGCACAAUCUCUAAUUUAGUUCAAAUGUUGGCCGCAAUAGCACUUUUAAACAGACAUGCAGACUCUGUUUUCACAAUCAACCGUGGGAUACAAGAAACCCCAAUAAUUUGGUGAUGUUCCGUUUUCGUAUUACCACUAGAUCAACCUCUCGAGAUGAUUACAACGGAAACUGGGUUUGCUAUAGUGAAGUAAUGGGGUUCUCAGGGUGGCAAUGGUUCUGUGUGAGAUUCAGAUUCCUCGUCGCUGUUAUGAUUCAGUCGAGAAAUUUCGCCGUGGUUUCUCUGUCUAGGUGUCUAUUAGGACGAUGGUGGGAUUUUUUUCAUGUUUUGUUUUUUUGGCGUUAUUAGCUCGCAUAACCAACCGCCGGCCCAAAUUCCGGACCCCACUUUCCCCAGUAUUCUUCUUCUUCUUCUCCCACCACCUAAAGCCACAUCGUGCCAUACCAUCUGAUGUGGGUAAAUUCUUUUUUUACCUGUUUGGUAAAAAAGGGUCCAAACCCAGUAAAGCAGAGUCACAGUCUUAUCGAAAUAAAGAAAGGUAAAAAGGAUAAUUAAAAAAAAAGGGGGGAAAAGGAAAGCCAGCCCAAAGUAGUGAAUUGCCAAACCCGAACCCAAAGUUGAAUAAAGGCCCAAUACCGAAAAGAAAAAGGGUGAAAAACCCAGCCAUAAGAAGAACGAGGAGAGGGAGUGGUGUUGUCACUGUUGUGGAAUUCCUUGCUUGCUUGAGUCUCAUCUUGCCUUUCGGCAGCUGCUUCGGCUGCAAUGCAAGAUAGGGUAUGGUGGGAUUUUCAUUGGAGUUUGCUUUCGUCACAAGGAAGCACCAAGGGCAUCUUUUACUUUCGUUCCACAUCGCUCUCGCUCAGUGUCAUCAUCCCCCACCCCCUCUGUUACUUCGAGGGUAAACUUUUAUGAAUGAGGUGAUACUUAUAAAAAUGUAGGGUUAUUUGUAGGUCUCGCCAUGAAUACAACCCAUAAAUGUUUGAAUUUAACGGUAGAAUUGGUAAUUGUAACAUCUCAAUUCUCAGCUCAACUUUUUUUCUUUUUUUGUCCUGAUAAAAAUAUUAUAUGUUUCGGGUCUAGUCCAAAGCACACUCGUGCUUUUGUGCUUCAUGAUGAAAUCCUAAGAGGUCACCUAUUUUUUUGCAUUAUUUUCAUCUCUUAGCAUGUUUAACCUUAAGAGUUCUUUCAAAAACUCUUCCACUUCGCUGCAAAAUAGGUCCUAUAAGUUAAUGUUAAAUUAUUAUUUAUUGUCCAUAAAUCUCUCUCGUAGUCAAAAUGAGAUUAGUGUAACAUAUCACAUCUAAUGUUUUGGAUAUGGUAGCACUCAUUACAUGUAUAGGACUAGGUACGGUAACAUGAGAAUGACAACAUUUACAUUGUAAAUUUGAUUUCUUUUUUUCUUCUUCAGUUUUAUCUACAACUCAUGAGGGUUAAAGGUAUCUACUAUCUGCACUACUUCUCACAAGUCCAAAAUGAAUCAUAUGUCGACGUAUGGGCAAUUUCUUCAAUUGGGUAGAUGAGAUAUUUUUACUCACUAAGAAACAAGUGGGGAAUUA